GGAAUUGACAUUAUUGUGGUAUUUUCUCUUGCAGUCCCUAUGUACUAUAUACAUGAGCUCAUGAAUUUUAAGACUCAACACCAAAUUAUCUCAUAGAAGCAUACUUUCUAGUUUAUAGCAAUAAAAUUAGCUAAUAAGACACAAUGGUUAUGGUAAGUACUAAUGUUGAAGUUGUAUGUAGGGAGACAAUUAAACCAUUGCGUCCAACACCUAAUCACCUUAGAAACUACAUUCUCUCUUCUAUUGACCAAAAUGCACCUCCUAUUUACAUCCCUGUUCUACUUUUCUACCUUACUAGUACUACAAAUAUUAUUACCAGAGAUCAAAAGCUAUGCAUGCUGAAGAAAUCCCUAGCUGAGUGCCUAAGCGAGUACUAUCCAUUGGCUGGCACAUUCAGAGAUGACUAUUCUGUUGUUGAGUGCAGUGAUGAGGGGGCAGAGUUCAUUGAAGCUAUAGUUAAUUGUAAUAUUUCCCAAAUCAUUGGAACUUCAAAUGUGAAGUUAUUGAAUCAGUUGCUGCCCUUUGAGCCCACUGGCAAUUGGGGUAAGCAGCUGAAGCAAAAAGGAGAUGAGAGGGAAGUGCUUGUAGCUGCUCAAGCCAAUUUAUUCAGCUACGGCCAAUCAACGUGCUUCCUAAACAUUUUUUGUUUUUUGUAUCCUCUCUUCAGGUGUGGUGGCUUUGCCAUAGGUGUGUGCGUUUCGCACAAGAUUGCUGAUGGAACUUCAGUAGUUGCUUUCUUGAAUUCAUGGGCUUCCAAAUCUUUAAAUACCAAUAGUGAAAAUACUAACACUGUCCCUCCUCCAAUUUUUGAUUCAGCAAAAAAUUUUCCUCCUAGAGAAAUACCCCGUUAUUCUCAUGACACUGGAAUAACUAACAAAACAAUCGUGACAAAAAGAUUUAUUUUCGAUUCAUCUUCUAUACUAGCCCUGAAAAAUAAAGCAUCAAAAGGAAUUAUUGGUUCAUUAGACGAAAAUUUCAAGUUUCCAACUCGAGUUGAAGCCGUUUCAGCUCUCAUAUGGAGGCGCGUCCUCGCCCUUUAUAGAUCAAAGCCAAAAGCAGCAAAAAUUUGUGUAGCAGUUCAUGCAGUGAACGUAAGGCAAAGGAUGGAACCACCAGUGCCAAAUCACACUUUUGGAAAUUACUGGACAGUUGCAAUAGCCCCUGCAUUGCUACAAACAGAGCAAAAUGCAGGGGACGAUAGUAACAUUAACAUGACAAUACUGGUGGAAAAACUGAACAAAUCAAUUAGGGAUAUCAAUGCAGAUUAUGUGGAUAAUGUUAUCAAGGGACGAAAAAAUAUGAACGUCUUGCGUGGACCCUCCAAAAAUGCUAAUGCACUCGAUAGUAAUUUUGAAGAGUCAGAGCAACAAAAAUCAAGAUUGGAUGGUGAUUCAGUAGAAACAACAGUGAGAGAUUUUUUGAAGGGAGAUUUAGAAGUAUGUAAUUUUACAAGUUGGUGUAGAUUUCCAGUGUAUGAAGUGGAUUUUGGAUGGGGUAAGCCUGAAUGGGUUUGCAGUCCAAUUAGAUCUUUCAAGAAUUUGGUGAUAUUAAUGGGGACUAAAGAUGGAGAUGGUAUGGAGGCAUCAGUUAAUUUGUUAGAAGAGGACAUGCUUCUGUUUGAAAAUGAUCCUGAGAUUCUUUCCUUUGCCUAUUGUCCAUGAUUC